AUGCCUUCAUGUGGUGGGCUGUAUGAACAGGAGGAGCUCAUUCGAGAUCGCAUCCGAGCCUGUGACAUGCUGGUGAUAUCGGUGGGCGGCAAUGAUAUUGCCUUGGCCCCGUCCCUGUGCACGGUCCUGGCGAUGAUUUUAUUGAUGAUCACUCCCUGGCCGCUGCUUUGCUGCUGUCACCCUGCAGUCGCAUAUUUUGUGGCCAUGUUUAGGUGCCAGGUCCAGUGCUAUGCGAAUAGGCUGACUGCGGUGACAAGGCCACGCAAGAUUGGAGUCUGCAUGAUCUACAACUUGGAUGAGCGCAACGGAGAGUCAUGGGCGAAUAUGGCCCUAUGUGCCCUUUGCUACACCUGUUUCCCGAGCAUGCUACAGCGGCGAAUGAGGCUUGUCUUUGAGCUCGGUACUUCCAAAAUCCAGGUGCCUGGGACAGAAGUUGUCCCCAUCGCCUUGGCCGAUGCGCUGGAUGGCCGGUGUACGGAGGAGAUUACCACCAAAGAGUGGAGCCCAGCGUGA